AUGACGGUCGCACACGAUUUGACCCAUAGAGGGGCAACAUCCCACCCUGCCAGCAAUAUGGCUCUCGAAGACAGGUUCGAGGUGCUCAAGGAGAUUGGAGAUGGUAGCUUCGGCAGCGUCGUCCUUGCCCGAGUCCGUAGUGCAGGUGCUAGCGUGGCUCGCCGCGGCACGGUGGUCGCCAUCAAAACCAUGAAGAAGACGUUCGAGUCCUUCACCCCGUGCUUGGAACUUCGCGAGGUCGUCUUCCUGAAGACCCUUCCCAACCACGUCCACCUCGUCCCCGCGCUCGAUAUUUUCCUUGACCCUUACAGCAAGAAGCUCCAUAUCGCUAUGGAAUACAUGGAGGGUAACCUGUACCAAUUGAUGAAGGCCCGGGACCAUAAGUGUCUGGACAACGCCAGCGUCAAGAGCAUCCUUUUCCAGAUCAUGCAGGGUCUCGAGCACAUCCACGCUCACCACUUUUUCCAUCGCGACAUCAAGCCCGAGAACAUCCUCGUCUCCACCUCUGCCCACCAGGACGCCGUCACGUCGUUCCGCAGGUACUCGGCUCUCGUCACCCCUCCCUCCACGCCCCCGAGCUACACCGUCAAGAUUGCCGACUUUGGCCUCGCUCGCGAAACACACUCCAAGUUGCCCUACACAACAUACGUUUCGACGAGAUGGUACCGUGCACCCGAGGUGCUUCUCCGUGCAGGCGAAUAUUCGGCCCCAGUCGACAUAUGGGCGGUUGGUGCCAUGGCGGUCGAGAUUGCCACCCUCAAGCCACUCUUCCCCGGCGGAAACGAGGUCGACCAAGUUUGGAGAGUAUGCGAGAUCAUGGGAAGCCCUGGAAACUGGUACAACAAGUCGGGUGCCCGCGUGGGCGGCGGCGAAUGGAAGGAUGGCACCAGGCUGGCCGGCAAGCUCGGGUUCUCGUUCCCCAAGAUGGCGCCCCAUGCAAUGGAUACGAUUUUGCAACAGCCACAGUGGCCCGCUGCGUUGAGCCACUUCGUUACGUGGUGCCUUAUGUGGGACCCCAAGACUCGCCCGACUUCGACACAGGCAAUUGCCCACGAGUACUUCGCCGACGCUGUUGAUCCCCUGAGGCCCAAGUCUUCUGCUUCAAGAAUUCUGGGUCGCAAGCAGUCUGAUCUUGGCCGUGGCAGCAAUUCCAACUCUUCUACCCCCACGUCUUCCAAACCGUCUUGGUUCAGAAAAUCUCUUAUCGGUCGCUCGGAAAGCGCCGAGGUUGCCAUCCCCCAAUCGAUCUCCAAGGAAUCGACCCCGAGACCAUCCCCCGUUCCCUCGCAGACGACAAAUGAGGUCCCCGUUGCCAAGACCCGCCCUGCGCAGUCGAAACGCACGACCUGGACAAACGGCCCGUCAAACGUCGCCCCUAUGCCGAUACUCCCCACAAUCCGUCCCAUCUCCCCUCUAUCUGAUGCUGUUACCGCCGAGGCAAGAAACGGCGUCACCUACAACGAUUCGUACGCCAACGGUCGGCACCGUAAUGUUCAGAUUGACGACAAGAAGAAGAUUGGCAGGCAACUGUCGGUUGCCUCGAGUACGAACAACUACGCCGAGAUUCACCGUCAGCAGGCCGAGAGGGCACUCAACGGCAAUGGGGGCCUUGCAUCGCCGCCCAACGGUCACAAGGAAAGCUUCUUUUCACACCUUCGCAAACGCGCCCGUCGCUUUUCGGGCAGGCACCAGGCCCCUAUGUCGCCCAACUCAGAUGACGUUGAGGCUCAGGCAGGCUGCGGCCCUUGGAACAGCAACAGAUCCUCCAUGGUGAUCGAGAACGCGCCUACACCCCCGCCGAAGCCUACUGAGAUUUACGAACCCCUUGACAAGGCCUUGCGAGACGUUCAGCAGACCCAAGACCAUGCUCCUGUCCCUCCCGCGCACCUCAUCAACCCCAGCAGCGCUCUAAAGAGACACCACUCCCUGCCGCAACACCAGCCGCGAUCUGUCGACAACCUAAUGGUGGCUGCAAGAGGCACCGGGCCGGUUUCGGGCCGAACCCGUCGUCAGGGUGUCCAGCACUACGACGCCCCGGACGAAGAAGACGAACUGCUCGACGAGGCUCUCAACUCGACCCACCACGCCAUGAACCGCAUGGAGAAGGAUGGGAAGCCCGGCCUGCGUCAAUCUGCCAGCAACGUCGCCAUGGUGAACCCGUAUCCGACCCCGUCUCCUUCAGCCAACGGUAACUCGGUACUUUUCGGCGACAACCACGAAGCCGUCACGCCCAAGCCUUUGAACCUUCAGAAGUCUCACGGUACUGAGAACCAGUACAAGUGGCCCACGCCUCCGUACGAGGAGAGCGAAUGGGCUGCUUCGGCCUCUGCCAGCAUUUGGGCGGCCAGCAACCGGUUUUGA